AUGGCGGCACUUCAGCUCUGCAAAUACUGCAACAUUCUGCAUCGGAUUCUAACCUCCCUGAACACUAAAUGUUAUGUUUUUUUGCAGAGCACCAGCCUCAAGCACAUCCUUCUCACUGCCACCUUGUUUCUCCAACUUUCCAAUGCUGCCAUCCUCAAAGACGUCCUUCUUCCAAGCUCAACUCUGUCGCGAGUACCUAGAGACUCAAAGUACCCCAGUAGAUAUGGAAGUGGUACCAGUAAUGAAGACAAGGCACUAAAACCGGAAACUGCUGGCGAUACUAGAGAUCCACCAAAUGAAAGUACCGUGGGGAAGAGAUGUAUACGGUGCGAAACAUCCGGUUCCGGGUACUACGAUAGGUACCCUCAGGAUAGCAGAAAUCGGUACUAUGAUAGGGAUUAUGACGAUCGGGACCGGUACUAUGACAGGGAUAGGUACUACGAUCGAGAUAGAUAUGAUAGAUAUCCUGAGAGAGACGGAUACUUGCCACCAAGAAGUAGAUAUGGAGGUGGUAGGGACCGAUACGAUGACAAAUAUUAUGACAGAUACGGUGGCGGAGGCAGAGGUGGUGAUGCAUAUGAUAGAUAUGGCGAUUAUGAUAGAUACGAACCUUCAGAGCGGUAUCCAGAAAGGGGAGUAGGCUACGAUAAUCGCGGUUACGACUACAGAGAAACUGGUGUGGGUGGGUACAGGCCCUUAGACGAGACCUAUAGAGGCAGCUCUGGGUUUGACGGCGCCGGGCGAGGGUACUAUUUUGCUGCCGGUGUCGGCAGACCUGAUUAUGGUACCUCUGGUGGUGGUGGAUAUGGCAGGGGAUACGAUGACCGGUACAACAGUCGGCGAGAUCCCUAUGACACUUAUAGAACAACCAGCUACCUCCACGACAGGCCCUCAACAACUACUACGAAACCGUCUGAAGACAGCGAUAGAAGCAAGUCAUCGUCGUCCGACAACAGUAGCAACAAUUCUGGAUGAACAGUUGGGUAGAAAGAGUGCACCUGGGACUCCUGAACUAAAGUACAGUGUUUGAAAAGAUGGGUCUAUGAAUUUGGCUGUAGGCCCCGCUAAAUCAUCAUUUCCAUUUGCGUUUAGGUAUUUUUAAUAUUUUCAUAUGUUUGGAGUGUUUGAAAAACGAUCCGACUGUAAGGUCUUUCUUAAAAUCGAUUCCCUGAUUGUUUUUAAUAUACAUGAAAGCAUUUGGAAUCACGUCUAUAACCAAAUUCAGUCUAUAGAACCGUCUUCAUUUUUUAAGUUUUGUUGUUAACAUGAGUACUAAGAUAUCGUAUUUUGUAAUUUGGGAUUUGGUAGCCAAUCGUACUAUAUCUUGCUCCGCCACUGAUGUAGAGCUAGCAAAGAGGUAUGUUUGUGCAUGAAUGUACAUUUCAACUUAGACGGACUUCAACAGUGGACCGCUACCGAAGGCACUGAUCGCUUCUAUAUCUAUGUAGACCAUGAAGACUGGAUGCACGAGGGUAUACUGCCAAAGAGAAAACCCGCAUAUCUAUGGAGCCAAUCCUGGCAGUAAGGAGGGCGAUACCCAUGGGCUCAUCCUCACUCUAUGAGUUUACUCUCCUGUUUUCAGUAUUCGUGAUGCGGCAGCGAUGUCUGAUUUUGCUCCCGCUAGGCGAUGCUUGCGUGGUUGGUGGUCAAAGCUGUCAAACAUAGAUGGGAAAAGAUAUUUUUGACAUGUAUGUUUGUUCAUAACCAUAGAUGUGACCGAUACGACACCCAGCAAUUAGCGCCAUCUGCUUCUAGCUUUUCAGAUUAUCCCCGUUUGAAAGCUUACUCGUCGUUCCCCGCUCUCGUCUUUAAACAAAAGAAGCAUCAUUGCCAUUAACUAUUACUACUCAAUACUCAUGUCACCUUUUUUUUAGCAAAGCGUAUAAAAUAUAGGCAAUAACAUCGUGUUAUCCAAACACAUAAUCUUAUUUUUAUUCUUAUUUGUUGAUAACAAGUUAGCUACUAUUUGUAUUGACCCAGCUUCUUUGCGACUACUUUUGCUUGCUUUUCACCUCAAAAUAAUAUACCAAAUCGAGCCUUUUCAUAUUCUGUUAGAGUUAUCUGCGGAUAUUGAUUGAGAUUCAACACUUUGUAGAAAUAGUCUUACAUUGUAGUGGAGUCUUCGCUUAGAUAUUAUUACGAGCAUCUCUCGUUUUUGAUUUAGUGUUAAUUUAUUGCAUUACCUUUAAAUUAAGUUUAGCUUUAUAUAUAAAUACUAUACAUUUUUUUUACUGCCAAUUGAAUGUCGUUUGAAAAUAAAGUACCUUCAAGAAGUUGAAUACCUAUCUGAA